AGGGAAUGGCCAAGUCGAAAAACGGACUGGUGCGCAUUGCAACCUUACAAGGCGAAUUCAUCCUCGCUACGGAUCGGCACAGGGUCGCCGAGUAUAUGAAAGCCCCCGACACUAUCCUGAACGCGCAGGACGGAUCCAACGACGUAAGUCAGUCAUACAGAUGAAGAACCGCGGCUGAUGUCAAUUAUGAAGCAACAACAAAUCCCGUUCACCAUGGGGUACGGAGUCGGCCACCGGACCUACCACACGGCUGUAGUUCGCGGACCCAUCACUCAAAACAUCAUACCCAAGACUCCAGUGAUGCUCGAUGAGGCUUUGAGAGCUUUCGAUGACUUGAUCGGCUCUCCUGUUGAGGAGACGCCGAUUGCGCUGUAUAGUGCCAUUGCCAUGACGGUCGCCCGGGUGGCGAACCGGGUAUAUGUGGGAACGGAGCUCUGCCGCAACGAGGAGUUUCUGCGAAAUGCCACCGACUACGCAGAGGCCGUGGUUAUAUCGGCUGAGGUUCUGCGCAACUUUCCGGAAUGGAUGAAAGGUUUUCUAGUACGGCUCCUUCCAGUGACGUCCUAUCGUCGACAGGGUCGUCGGUUUCUGGCGCCUCUCAUCCAAGACCGUCUUGACGGCAAGCUGGAUGCGAAUGGAGAAAAACACAAGGACUUGAUCCAGUGGUUGAUUGAUGCUGCGCCGCCUGUCGAGAAGACUAUUCCUCAACUGGCAGAGCGAGUAAUGGCACUGAAUGUGGCCUCGAUUCACACUACUACCAUGACAUUCACUGCCGCCUUAUACCACCUAGCCGCUGAACCCACCAAGUACACAUUAACCCUCCGAGAAGAGGUGAUGGCGAACCUUGAACAGGGCGAAAUCACAGCAACAACCCUAAGCAAGCUCCCCAAGAUGGAGAGCUUUCUUCGCGAAUCGGGCAGAUUCGACUCGUCAGGGCUGAUGUCCAUGCAACGCAACGCCCGAAAAGAAUUCAAAUUCUCAGACGGAACCGUCCUCCCGCCCGGCUCGAAGAUCGGAUCGCCCAGUCUCUUCCUUCACCGGGAUCCGGAAGUCUUCGAGGAUCCGGAGGUGUUUGAUGGGCUUAGAUUCUACCAGCCAUACUCGGAGCCUGGUACUAAGCCUAAGACGAUGUUGAAUACCGAUGUUAAUUUUCAUCUGUUUGGUCAUGGUAGACAUCCGUGCCCUGGGCGGUUUCUGGCCGUGCAUGAAAUCAAACUCAUGUUUGCUAUAUUGCUACUGCGGUAUGAUAUCCGGCUCAAACCCGGCACCAAGCCGCAGCCGUUCUAUAUUGGAACUAUGUCUCUGCCAGAUACAAAAUUGGAGGUUUUAUUCAAGGCUAGAAAGUGAUGUGCAGCUUUGGUGGGCAUGUCUCAAUGGGGGUUUGCACUGCGUGGUCUUUUUAAAGCAGAUAUCAG